ACUGAACACUCUACUGAGGACAUAGCUACUUGACAAGGUAUAAAGAAUACUGUUAAAAGUAUUGCAAUACAGUUUACAGAGGUUUUACACAACAGUUUGAUCAUAAUUUUUUUCUUUCUUAAAGACAAGAAGUUGUGCAAUAUUAGAAUAAUUAAUUUGGAAAAUUUUCAUGUUAAACUUCAAAGCAUGAAGGGUGAAAGAUAAGCAACAUCUCAGAGAUGACUUUGUUAAAUAUAUGAAGAUCCUUGUUCUAGCAUAAAUUGUUUAAAAAUACAACAUACAGUUUAAGAUGCUCUACUCAACUAAACUAGCAUUUUAUCAUCCCUUGGAAAGCCAUCGUUAUGAUGAGCUAGUAUAUGAUGGGGUUUUUGGUAGGCUGUACCUAGCUAAGAACAGUGAAAAAAUUAGUUGUUUUGCUUCUCUUUGCUGUAACUCUGAACUCAUAAAAAAGACGAAGUUUCAGAAAGUAGCAUCCUCACUGGUAUCUAGUAUUUGCAAUUUGUCUAGAGUUUCUCUAAUUUGACAGGGCCCGGUCUGACCCCGAAAAUGCCCAAGUUCGGUGCACUUAGCAUGCCUUGCAGCCAAGUCUCCAUUUUACAGUAUCAGGGCCAGGCCAGCCAAGGCAACCUGUGGUAUAACCCGACUCGAGCUGCUCUUUUCACCACAGUUUGAUGGAAGACGACGCUCCCCAGAAUAAGGAAAUGAAAGGGGAGAGCGUCCCUCGCCCCGGGGAGCGCUUCGGCUGGGGAGCGGCCCCCGGGGGUCCCCGAGAGGCUGCAGGAAAUUAUCAUGAAACUCAUUCUUAAAGAAUGUUCCGAUCAAAAAGAAAAUUAGAAAGCCCACCUGGCAUUCACUGUGAUCAAGCACAGGGACCGACAUGUCGUUCAGUCAAACAAGACCUCGAACAUCACAGUUGGUGGAGCUCCAUGUUUUUUAUGUCCCAGAAGAAGUGUGGAACUUUAAGCUGAAUACAGUUCCUGUAGCUCUUACUAGCAAAUUCAUCUCAGCUGGAUUUAUAAGGGUGUCUCCUCACAUCACACUAAGAGUGCUACGGGAGAAGCUUGGAGAGUACCUGGGUGGAGUUGCAGUUGCAGAUAAAUUCAGAUUUUUAAAAUGCAUUGGGAAAAAACUAGCAGUGGUGAAAGCAAAGCAAGAAACAGAACUGGAACUGGAAUCAUUUGUUCCUCCUCAUGCACUUUAUCCUGAAUUAUAUUUAUUACCUGGAGUGGAAUACUUUGAAGAUGUUUAUCCAUUAUCAUCAUCAUCAACUCAACAAAAACAUCACUUUAAUGCAGAAGCUAAUAGGUUUGGUCAUAGAUCAAGAUUAUCCAGUCUUCCCCAACCAAAACCUGAAAAAAACAAUCCAUUUUUAGAAAGCAUACAAAGCAGUCAUCAGCUAGAAAACCAGGAAGUGCACAGUCCUGUGGAAUGGGGUGAGAAAGACCCUGUUCCAGUUUUAUACACAAAACAUAAGGAAGACCAUAACAAAGCGAUUCAAGCAAAACAGACACAGUUUAGAGAAAAAGAUCAAAAUGGAUCCAGUGGAUCUCUCUUCACACCAAGCCAUUCAAAUCCUGCAGAUUGGGAGUCUGGAAAGAGCGAUAUGGUAUUCCAGACCUCUCAGCAAAAUGGUCUCAGCCAAGGUCAAAACCAGCAUCACACUCCUAAGUGGAAUGACAAAGCCAAAGGAACUGCUUUUACUCUCCAUGAAAACCACAGUGAUGAACAAGGCCAGAAUAACCAAACACCCCAAAAUUGUAUUAAGUAUCGAAAGGAAUUAACAAACAUGGAAAAUAAUGACUACCAAAAAGAUACCAAACUAAGAAGAGACAGAACACAGGAUGCUGGAAUUCUUAAAAUAAUGGGAGACCAAACCACAGCAUUUGUACGCAAAACCCAAAGCUUGCAGCAAUACAGAACUAGCAAGUCUAUAGCUGAUCCUGGUGAGAAACUGGAUAAUCAGGCAGAUGAAAACAAGCAAGAUCAUCUUACUUGUCCGAAAGAAUACAUUUCAUGUCCUAGUCCACCUUUUAUGGCACUCUCUGUAAAUCCAGCUCAAGUUCCUUCAAUUCAGGUAGCAAAAAACAAGAUGGUAGAACAAUUGCAACAAACGAAGAAAGACAGAAGGCACAUGGAAAAAACUAGAGAAGAACUGAUCAAAAAAGCUAAAGGGCUACUGGAACAAAAUAAGCUGAGGAGAUACCAUGUUCGUGAAGAAUGGAAGAAGAAGUACUUUGAGACUAAGAAAGCUACAGUUUCACUCGAGGAUGCUUUAAACAAACUGCGACAAGAUUUAGAGCUUUACCACCGGAAAUUACUCUUGCAAUUGGAGGCCAGAGAUAGCCGAAAACAACCAAACAAUAUGGCAGACUCCAAGAAUUACACAAUCAUCCGGAUUACUACAGUGCAGCAUGAACUUGAUCAACUGAGGAGGAAGCUGGAUGAUACAAAAAUGAAACUCAUAAUAGAAAUUAAGAUGAGAAAGCAGGCAGCAACAGAUUUACAAGCAUUGAGAGCGGAACUGACACAGAAGAAGAUUCAUUCAGCUUUAAUUCUCCAGUCCAGAAAAUCAGGAAUUUAAGAGGAUGACGCGACUUUAACAUCUGUAAAGUCUUCAGAAGCUCUGUAACGUAUAUAGAAGCUCAGAAUUUCUGAGCAUUUGUUUGUAUGUUCUUGAAGGUAUCUUAUACAAAGACAUCAACUAUAUAAAUAUUGUGGAAUUUGUAUACUAGGCUACUGAGGUACUGCAGCUCACUUUUUAAACCUCACUUACUGUAAGAUCAGUCAGCUACUUAAGCAUGCAGUUUAACCUAGUAAUGUGUCUAAAACAAAGUUAUUUUAAAAGUGCAAAUUAGCAUGUUGUGUAACAUCACACUCAUUAACAAAAUACCUACUAAGCAUAUAAAGCUGUAAUCUAUAACCUUCUGUUCUUAUUUUCAGGCACAAGCAUUUAAUUUUUGGAAAAUGAUUAAAAUACAUCUGUAGAAC